GUACUAUCUACUCAACGCGUGUCGCCUUUCACAAGUUAUCAACGUUAAUUAUUAUUGUUUUAUUUAUGAGAUAAGUGUUUGGAGUUCACUAAACUUUUAGUAAAGAAUAUGGCGCUUACGUUUAAGAAAGGUAUAUUCAUAGUGGCAGCUAAACGUACACCGUUUGGCAAGUAUGGUGGGGCCCUCAAGGACGUUCACCCAUCAGAUCUGUUCGCCACGGCUGCAAGACAAGCUCUCACUUCUUCGAACAUCGAUGCAGCAGCUGUGGAUACUGUUAAUGUUGGACAUGUAUUUGCCCUGAGCUGUUCCGGAGAUGGUGCGUUGUCUUCUCGUCACGGAGCUCUGAAGGCGGGCAUCCCUCAGGAGAAGCCAGCGAUGAGCGUCAACGUGCAAUGCGGCUCCGGCUUGCAGGCCCUUAUCAGCAGCGCUCAAGAUAUACUAACUGGCGCUGCUCAAAUAUCUCUCUGCGGGGGCACGGAGAAUAUGUCGGGAAUGCCGUUUCUCGUUCGCGGCGCAAAUCUCGGGAUCGCUCUGGGGGCGACAUUGAAGUUCGAAGACGCCUUGACCUCUGGACCUGAUAACACGUACUGUGACUAUCUAAUGGCGCAGAAUGCGGAGAAGCUCGCCGAACAGUUUAGUCUAAAACGAGGGGAGGUGGACGAGUUUGCUUUACAGUCGCAUCGGAAGUGGAAAACCGCGUGUGAUAAUGGUGUAUUCGGCGCUGAAAUGGCGGCAGUGACCGUGAAAACGAGAAGUAAGGAAGUUGUGGUGGACAGAGAUGAGCAUCCCAGUCCAGGGUCGGACGUGCAUGAACUGUGCAAGUUGCCCGUGAUUCACAAGAGAGGCGGCGUGGUGACGGUGGGGAAUUCCGCGAGGCCUGCAGACGGCGCAGCUGCGGUGGUGGUGGUGGGUGAAGCAGCUGUGUCUCAUCACCAGCUGUGUCCGCUGGCGAGGGUGGUGGCGAGCUGCUCCUCCGGCCGGGGCGUAGGUCCAGCGCCCGCCAUACGCGAGCUGCUGCGGGCGACGGACCUUCACCUAGAAGACAUCGACCUGAUUGAAAUGAACGAGUCAUUUGCGGCUCAAACUGUUGCCUGCAUCAGGGAGCUGGAAGUUGAUGCGGAUAGAGUGAACGUGAACGGAGGAGCCCUGGCGCUAGGACACCCCGUGGCUGCUUCUGGAGCGAGGAUCAUUGCCCACUUGGUGCAUCAGCUGAGAGCGCGUGGGCUCAAGCGCGCAAUUGCAUCAGCGUUCAUCGGUGACGGACUAGGCAUCGCUCUACUGUUGGAAUCUGUCUAACAUUAGAAUAAGGACCUAUAAUUUAAAAGAUUUUUAAUAUUAGGCAUCGUUGAUAAAUUAUGUUAAGAAUAAAAUUAUUUCAGUAUUUUCUUA